CACUCGUUACUUAUAUUCGUAGGCACGAAUGGAUUCUCUUUAUUGUACUCGUGACUUCAGAGAAGAAUGUCCGAUUCAACGACUCGUUAUUCACUCGCGGAUGUCGCGAAGUGCAACGGCAAGAAUGGAGCAAGAACUUGGAUUGUGAUAAACGACUAUAUUUACGAUGUAACGGAUUACAUGGAUGGGCAUCCUGGUGGACCAGAGCUAAUUGAAGAAUACGCAGGAAAAGAUGCGACUAGUGGAUUCGAUGAUUUUGGUCAUUCUUCUGAUGCAAAAAAGAUGCUUAAAGAUUAUUUAAUCGGCGAACUCAAAGACGAUGAUAAAAAGAUCAACAGAAAGAAAAAGCACACUGUUACUAAUGGAAUAAAAAUAGACGAAAUAAACAGACCAAAGCGAAGAGCUUUCUUACGAAUGAUCUGUGGCAGAUGUGCUUAAUCUUGAAAAGAAGCAUUGUAAGCAUUGACCAUGUGUUCUUAUACAGACACACAUAUGUUUUUAUAAUUAUAAUUUUAUUUAUUACGUCACCAUACAUAUAUGUACACUCGUUGUGUUGUUAUCUGUACGAGACGCUGUACGUGACGAAGUGCAUAGUAUUGAUAACAAUCAUCGAAUUUAAAAAUGAUUCGCUUAUCGCUAGUGUAAGUGACAUUGGAAAUACCUAUACAAAGAAAAUUGCCAGUAAAUCUCUAAAUGCGUCAUCCACUUAUCGCAUCUCAGUGGACUUUCCGAUUUCCUACUUGUAUAAUUUUAUCUCUUUAACGAGAGUCUGCGAAUGUUAUUCGCGACUUUAUACUUUGUAUCUUUUUAAUUUAACUUUACUAAAUUUGUACAAAAAUCGACGUCUUUUUUUUUAACGAAGACACUAAGUACAUGUGUUUAUCGACAAAAAUUAUAUACCACAAUGUACAAGAUUUCAGUGUAUAUAACUUAUAUUUAUUCAAAAUAAACAGAACUAUUAAGUUUCGA